AUGCAGAACGAGUUUGCUGGACUGGAAUUGGAAGCAGAGAGUGCAGACGAGGAAGAAGAAGAAGAACUGGUAGCAACACCACCAAAAAGACGAAAAACCGAACGAUUGUCUGAAGAGCAAAUGAUGGAACGAAAGUUGCGGAUAGCAGAAAUUGUUCGGCGACACGCGAACAAUGGUACCGUAUGGACGGAUCUUUGUCGUGAGACAGCAGCAGAUUGUUCGCUAUUGGACCAGUUGGACUUGGCCGAUUUCGCAUUGCGCGACUCGCGCCGAUUUAAACGACGAGUGCUCGUUGAUCAGCUCACCAGCGAAUUGCAGCGGAUUAGAAAGUUGCUCGCCAUGUGA